CCUGAAGAUUCUCCCAUUCUAGUCCCUCAGAGUCAUGCAGAGUCGACAGGAAUACUUCGUGAGGCUGAAGCCAUACUCAGACCACUCUAAUUCCGUAUCGUGAGAUCUGGCUGCAAAAGACGAUGCCAUGUCGGUUAUAAAAGCGACCUCGAUGCGACCGCUAUCCUGCUUUUUUUUCUUCAUCAUCACCAGCAAUCAAAACAAGCCAAGGCAAGCAAUCAAAGCCUCAGUCUUAUAACAAUCGUUCGACUUCUUCUUCAGCUUUCAGUUUCAGCACAACCUUCAAUCCUCCAUUCUCGCCUCAACAUCUUCAGUUUUUACCCUCACUUCACCACCAAUCAAGCAAAAUGCAGGCCAAGGGAUUGUCCUUGAAGGUUGCUCAGCUCACUCCUCCCGAGAGCCCUCCCCCGGAGACCGUCGAGCUUGUCAAGCAGGCCAUUGCCACUUCUUUCGAGCCCUCCACCCACGAGGAGAGCCAGAGACUCAUCGGUACCACCCGAUUCGCUCCUCGCCGCGAUAUCAACAACAUCCUGAUCACCGGUGGUGCCGGUUUCAUCGGCAGCUGGGUCACUCGUCACAUGACCGUUCAGUACCCUGAGUACAACAUCGUCUGCUUCGACCGUCUUGACUAUGUCUCUUCGAUGGCCAACAUCGACUGCCUGGAGUCCUUCCCCAACUUCCACUUUGUCAAGGGCAACUUGACCGACCGGGAAAUCGUGGCCGAGACCUUGUCCAAGUACAACAUCGACUGUGUGAUGCACUUCGCCGCCAACUCCCACGUGCAGAACUCCUUCAUUGACCCCACCAGCUUCACUGUCAACAACGUGGUCGGCACGCAGACCCUCCUUGACUGCGUCCGCGAGCACGGCCGCAUCACCCGCUUCGUCCAUGUCAGCACCGAUGAGGUCUACGGUGAGACCACCGACGACUUCGUCGACGAGACCACGCAGUUCCUGCCCACCAACCCUUACUCCGCAUCCAAGGCUGCCGCCGAGAUGUACGUCCACGCUUACGCCAAGUCCUUCAACAUCCCCAUGGUCAUAGUCCGCAGCAACAACGUCUACGGACCCUGCCAGUACCCCGAGAAGAUCAUCCCCCGCUUCUUCAAGCUUCUGUCCAAGAACCAGCCCCUCACCCUCCAGGGCAACGGUCUCCACAAGCGCCGCUACCUGUACGGCGCCGACGCUGCUGACGGAUUCGACACCAUUCUCCACAAAGGUGUCGACGGUGAGGCCUACAACAUCGGAUCCGCCUUCGGUGUGACCAACCUCGAAGUUGCCAUCCGCAUGCUCGAGCUGUUUGGCUUCGACCCCCGCUCCGACUUCAAGGAGCGCCUGGUGUGGAUCCCCGACCGUCCCCACAACGAUCUCGACUACCGCGUCGACGGCUCCAAGCUCGAGAGCCUGGGCUGGAGACAGAACACCCACUUCGAGGACGGCCUCCGCGCCACUGUCGAGUGGUACCGCAAGAAUAUCGAUGCCUGGUGGGCUGGGGAGCCCGACAAGACUGUCACUGCCGGCAGCACCAACGCCGCUCACAUUGCUGCCCCCGUCAAGGCCCCAAUCAAGGUCAAGAGCGAGAACGCCCAGGUCACGAUCACCGCCACGGAGAUCACUGCUUAGAGCUUCAGCGGCGAGCGCCACACUUGCGAGACGAUCGGGGCGUUUUCUCUACUAACCAUGGAGGCUUAUAGACUUUCACAGCCUUCCUCGGGGCGGUUUUCCCCGGCCUAGCUAUAGAUUGUUUGCGAUACACACUUUUUGGCGAAGAGUUUUGAUUUUUUCUUUCUCUUUUUCUUCUUGCUCUUGAUCGUUGAUCUUUGACUUGUUCUUCUUCUGGCCUUACCUACUUAUGUCUUUGACUCUUUGCGAUGAUGAUGAUCUGUUUUGACAGUUUGCUUAUGUUCUGGAUUUGCCCUGCUCUUCACUUUACCCGGGCCUAAUGAUCUCUCCU